AUGAUGUUUCGCAAACCAAUUGAGGCCGUUGUAGCGCUGUUUGCGUCGCUUUCUGUUGUCCAAGGGCAAGCCGUCCGAUUCAACAACCCUGAAGGCGUAGAUAUCUGGUGUGGCAAGGCCUAUCGUUCUACAGACUCCUCCUUUGACCCGGGCGGAUGGUUUCCUGAGCCUGUCAUCUCGGAUAUCCCUCUCUUAAGACUCAAGGUGCGACCGCGCCUCAGCAUUUACCUGGAGACUGAUUCAACUGCAAAUCUCCUCAUCGAUGCCGUUAUCUCAAACCAGGUCGGCUUGCCGCUUCCUCUUGGCUUUGGACAGAACGCUUCGCUUGCGACACCGAAGCAUCUAACCGUUGAGAUAGUUCUCGAGAACGAUGUGCGCACAACACAAGAUAUUGCACUGGGGUCGCGGAACAACGAGGUGUCUCUCGCAAUGGGCUCUUUAACUCCCCGUAUGGAGGCUUAUAACAUCACCGUCCGCACAAUGCUAGACUCGACACAUAUCUACGAGGACUGGACUGAGUUCUCUUACCUGCCUUACCCCGAAGACUACGGCAGCGUAGCCCGCAUCGAUAACCUCUAUGGCGGACUCCUGGCGCAGCGGGGAAAAGAUUCACCGUGGGACCUCAUCUUCGCGUACACUUACUACACGCAAUGGACUCUCUACUGGAACGAUAGCGUCGACACACUCAACGAGUUCGCCGCUAUGGGCUAUAAUGUCAUCCACAUCGUGCCCACGGGAAGCCUCGGCGAGAUCCCUUUUCCCUGGGACGAAUUUGAGCCGUAUUUACAGCGCGCCGAUGAGUUGGGCCUCUACCUCCGCUACGACGUCCUAUGGACCUGGCCCAACCUUACAAAUAUGGUCGAUCAAGUCACCCGCUUGCGCACUCACCCAUCCAUUUUGCUAUGGUAUCAGAGCGACGAAGCCGACGGCAAAGCAAACCCCGCCAAUUCCACUGGUAUCGCGUACGAGCAGAUCAAAGCCAUUGACCCAUAUCACCCCGUCUCCCUCGCUCUCAACUGCUGGGACUUUCACUACGCCGAGUACGCCGCUGGCGCCGACAUCGUCAUGAGCGACGUUUAUCCGGUGGCCAUCAAUGCAACCUUUUCGACAGUCUAUGGCACAGAGUGUAAUGCGACGUACGGCUGCUGCGGGUGCGACGACUGCGAGGGCAAGUUUGAAGAUAUUGCGGUACGGUUGGACGAGUUUUACCGUCGCGAUGAGAUCCUGGGGUGGCAGAAAACACAAUGGUUCGCGCCGCAGGCAUUCGGCAACGAAACUUUUUGGGCGCGAUACCCGACGGCGGAUGAGGAGGCCGUGAUGACGGUCUUGUCUGUAAACCACGGCGCCAAAGGUAUCGUGAUGUGGAAUUAUCCAGCGACGGACGAAUUGGAGACUCUGACUAGCAAGUUGUCUGGGCUGUUCACGCAUAAGACUGCGGUCGAUUUCUUGCUGGGAACAGAGAGGACACAGGACCUGGUUGUCGAGGGGGCGAAGAGGGUUGAUGCUGCUGCGUGGGUGGAUGACAACAAAAGGCAAGCGUUGAUCAGCGUUGUGAACCUCAAUUAUGAUGAGAUACAAGGGGAGAUCAGAAUUGUUCUGCCGGAGGGCGUUGAGGCUGGCCAAGUCAUCGAGGUACUCUGGGGAGACGCUGCUUGGGAGCUGGGCGCUGGCGGCUUGAUCGCAACAGAAGGGUUGGCUGGGCUUCAGACAUCGGUCAUUGUUGUCGAUCUAUCUUAA